AUGACGGUCACGGCGCGUGCCAACGACAUGGCCCACGACGCGAUUCGUCAAAAUGUUUAUGAUAUGCUAAAUGACUUCAUCACUCAGCGUCUUGAUCAGCGUCUGAACCCUCUCAAACUUAUCGAUUCCUCCAUUGACGGCUUUACCACUGAAUUGGAGCAUCACCUGACGGUCGGAGAGUCCAUUGUGGAACUAUCGGAGGACGACCUUGAACUCCUUUGCCCUGUUGUGGAAAAGGUUUCGCUCGUUGAGCAACAUCUCCAAAAUCAUCGCAGUUCCAUUUCUCAACUCUUUGAAGGUCAGCACCACGCCAGGCACCAGGAAAGUGGUCUGGAUUUCGACGGUGCUCAAUCUCCUGUCUCAAGUCGAGGCGCUUCUGGUGUGGCUGCCUCGGUGGAAGUUGGAAGCUCAGUUUGCCAAAAUUUACCGUCUAUCCCUACAAACAUCCGCUCUCCUGGCACCAUCCUAGAAGGCUCGAAGAAACCAGACGCACCAGGCAAUAACAUUGCCAGAGAUGAUAUGCAACGAGAUAGUCAGCCAAGGAAUGACACAAGGCAAGGAUCUAGGUUACACACAUCCGAUCUCAUCUAG